AAAGCCGUGCACGCGCACUUCUCUGGUAGGGGCGACAGUCGCGCGCUCGGCAUAGAAAACAAAGCUAUCCGUGCGCUUCCAUUACAGCUAUUGGGCAAACCCAGCACACAGCUCUCUCUGCAAUCUGCAUGCACACCCAAGAUGGGUUUGCAGCUCAUCUGAGGGCCUUUGAAAGCGGGGCCUGUUGUGAGUACAGACAGCCGACUGAAGUCAGCGAAACGUUUCGGUUUUUUUCCCGGACAGCUUUUGUUUCUUAGCCUCGGCUAGCAGCACAGCCACAAUCAUUGUCAUUUCUGCUGCGAGCUGCCGAAGGAAACACAUCGCCAUGUUGUUAACGGAGGGGGCUCAGUGAAGAAGGCGAAACCGUGCGCGUGUGGAGGAGAUAAUCUCGUCUUUUGAGCCGAACCUCAGUCCUCAGCCGCUGCCCGACUGACUGACUGACUGACAUGGCGGAGCAGAGCUACUCCUGGGCGUACUCCCUUGUGGACUCCAGCCAGGUGUCAACCUUCCUCAUUUCCAUCCUUCUCAUCGUGUAUGGCAGCUUCAGGUCAUUAAACAUGGACUGUGAGAACCAGGAGAAGGACAAGGAUGGAAACCCCACUACCAAUGGCUCUUUCAACAAUGCCAACUCUAACAACAGUAUUCAGACCAUAGACUCCACACAGGCGCUGUUCCUGCCCAUCGGAGCCUCAGUGUCUCUGCUCGUCAUGUUUUUCUUCUUUGACUCUGUUCAGGUGGUGUUCACCAUAUGCACUGCAGUUCUAGCAACCAUCGCAUUUGCAUUCCUACUGCUGCCGAUGUGCCAGUAUCUGACCAGACCUUGCUCCCCACAGAACAAGAUCUCGUUCGGCUGCUGUGGCCGCUUCACGUUGGCAGAGCUGCUGUCUUUUUCUCUCUCUGUCAUGCUGGUCCUCAUCUGGGUUCUGACAGGCCACUGGCUGCUCAUGGACGCACUUGCCAUGGGUCUUUGUGUGGCCAUGAUCGCAUUUGUGCGGCUGCCUAGUCUCAAGGUGUCAUGCCUGCUGCUGUCAGGCCUCCUCAUCUAUGAUGUGUUCUGGGUCUUUUUCUCCGCCUACAUUUUCAACAGCAACGUGAUGGUGAAGGUGGCCACGCAACCUGCUGACAAUCCCCUUGACGUACUCUCGCGCAAACUACAUCUGGGCCCUGGCAUGGGACGGGACGUCCCACGCCUCUCCCUGCCCGGCAAGCUGGUGUUCCCCAGCUCCACCGGUAGCCACUUCUCCAUGCUGGGCAUCGGCGAUAUCGUCAUGCCAGGCCUGCUGCUAUGUUUCGUGCUCCGAUACGACAAUUAUAAGAAGCAGGCCACUGGAGAAGUGCCCGGACCUGCCAACAUGUCCGGCCGCAUGCAACGGGUUUCCUACUUCCACUGUACCCUCAUUGGUUACUUUGUUGGUCUGUUGACUGCAACGGUGGCCUCUCGUAUUCACCGCGCGGCCCAGCCUGCCCUACUGUACCUGGUGCCCUUCACCCUGCUGCCUCUGCUCACCAUGGCCUACCUGAAGGGAGACCUGCGGCGCAUGUGGUCCGAGCCCUUCCAUGCCAAGUCCAGCAGCUCCCGCUUCCUGGAGGUAUGAUGCUGCUCUGACCAGCACAGGUUCCCACCCACCCACCCACCAGAGAGAGAGAGAGAGAGAGAGAGAGAGAGAAAGAGAGGUCGGAAGAGAGGAACUGCACUCGUCUUCUCGUCAUCCCUCAUUCCUGUUGUCAUCCUCCAGCCAGCGGAUGAACAGAUGUACGCGGACUUCACUGCCAGAUGGAUUCAUGCGCUCCACACGUCUCCAUGCUCCUCAAUCCUACUAUAGUAUCUGUCUUUUUUUUUUUUUUUCUUUCUCAGCUCCAUUCCAGGUUUGUCACGCCAUCUCUCUCUUUCUCUCUUACUUCUAUCCCAUCAUCCCUUUCCUGUUCUACUUAACUCAGCCACACUUUACCGGAUCGGUCUUUGUCUGGACGUGACCGGAGCCCCUUUGAGCUCCAAGUGUGUUUCCAUUUGUACCGUUUGGCACCAUUAUGGAUUUACAGACUGAGAUUUCUUUAUUAUUUACUGCUCUAAACGAACUGUGGAUGAGGAACGUAGAUUCUGCCACAGCUUGGGAUGACGAUGACCCUAUAAGGGACCAGCACACAGUAGAGGACAGCGUUGUUUCCCCCCCCCUCCCUUCCUUCCUUCAUUCUCUCUUCCUCUUUCCCUUUCUGAUAAUACCCCACCCGCAUCCACCCCACCCCCUUCCCACCCGUCUCCCUCUCUAACAACCCCUUCCUUCGCAGAAACAUGUAUUUUAUUUAGAAAGAUUUUAUUCUUGGCAUAUACAGAAAUGAUGCAUUAUAAAUUGUGGAGGCGUACAGCUCUAUGUAUAUAUGUGUACACAUGUAUUAGGGGUUAUCAUGUCGAGGUGUGCGUGAGAUCGCGUGCGUGUGCGAACAAGGGCAAGGGCUUUUAGAUCUCAACGGAGUCAUAAACGAAACACGCAGAUGGGAAAUAUUUUUGUUUCUUUCCUUUCUUUUCCCCAUGAAUGAGUCUAACAGCUCAGCCUAGGUCACUUUUUUGCGUGAUGUACAUCCUCUUCCAUAAAACAUCGCAUAUGGACCAUUUGUGCAAGUUGGCCCUUGAAGAGAAGGGUGUGCUUGUGAUUAUGUCUGUGUUUAUGUAUGAAUGUAUGCCAUUACCUCCAUGGGCUCUGGAUGGACCACUGAAGAUGAACUCUGUCACGCUCCUGGAGGGAAUCUUUAAGGAUUGUACUAAGCUCCAUUAUUUAAGGCCAAUUCCCCCCCCAAUUAGUAUUUUAAGCAUUAAUUUUUGUUUGUAGUCAUUCCUUCAAAACAAUUGGCUCCGUAAUGAUGAAACUGGAAUUGAGGAGUGAGUUCUGUGGGUUUGAGUGUAUGUGUGUGUGUGUGUAAUGUUGUAGAAAAUAAUGCAUUUUGCUGGCUCGGUCUGUUGAGGUUUGCUUUUUGGGUUUUUUUUUUUGUUUUGUUUUGUUUUGUUUUUUAAACCUGUUGUUACCUGUUUUUUUAAUCUGUUAGUUGUCUGGCCUUGCAUGUCAGUUGUACAGCGUGUCGUUCUUCAAAGCUGCGUUUUCAGGGCAUUCGCGCUAGUGCGACACUCUGAAACUCUGAGACGCAGACACGGGGUCGUGGACAAACAGUCGCACAAGAGAAUUUAUAAAACGGAGAGGGGGGCAAUGAUUCCGGACCGCCCUGACCCCUGCGGCCGGCAUGGACCUCGCACAAACAUUGGCAGUGCGUUGCCUGAAUAUUCAGUAUGAACGUUUGCCUGGCGUUGGGACACAGUUAACCUGAGCAUCACGGACAUUGUUUUACCCACAAACCUCCUCUCUGUCCCUCUGCCACCCUUAUAGACAUUACAAGAAAAAAAGAGAACAAUAUAAAUGACGAUCAUGGUGAUUGUUUUGAAAAACUCAGAUGUUCUUUUUUUUUUUAAAUGGAAGAUUGCUUUUGUUUUGUUUUUCCCCAUUGUUUGUAUUUUUCUCAACUUUCCCAUUUAAUGCUGUGGAUUUUCAUUUUGUACUUCGAACUUUUUUUUCUUCCAUCGUUCUCCCUGCCUGUAGAGGGCGCUAAGCUCUGUUUGGCUAUCAACAUUAAUAGCCAAAAGGAUUCUGUAUAAAAAUUUGAAUAAAUAAAUUAAAAGGUGUAGUGAAAUGUGGAUCCAAAUGAGCUGUACUGGAAACAUUUCAGCUCUCAUAACCUUCCUUUUCUUCUCCUCAGUCAGGAUUCUGCUGUAAAUAAACAUGACUCUAACUGUA